AUUUUCAACUGUCAAACCACAAAAAACAAAGAAUUUAAGCAGUCAUGGCGUCCGUACAUUGUCAACUGUGGAUGGGCAGCCUGGAAUCCUACAUGACCGAGAACUUCAUAAUCGCCGCCUUCCGGAAGAUGGGCGAGGAUCCCACAACCGUACGCCUCAUGCGCAACAAAUAUACCGGCGAACCGGCGGGCUACUGCUUCGUGAACUUCAUUUCAGAUGACCACGCGCUGGACGCGAUGCACAAGCUGAACGGGAAGCCCAUUCCCGGCACCAAUCCCAUCGUGCGUUUCCGCCUCAACUCGGCCAGCAACUCGUACAAGCUGCCUGGGAACGAGCGCGAGUUCAGCGUCUGGGUGGGCGACCUCAGCUCCGAUGUGGACGACUACCAGCUGUACAAGGUCUUCUCCAGCAAGUUCACCUCGAUCAAAACAGCCAAGGUGAUUCUGGACAGCCUGGGCUUCUCGAAGGGCUACGGCUUCGUGCGUUUCGGCAUCGAGGAUGAGCAAAAGUCGGCGCUGUACGACAUGAACGGCUACAUCGGACUGGGCAGCAAGCCCAUCAAGAUCUGCAAUGCGGUGCCCAAACCGAAAUCGGAAUUAAGUGCCGCUUUGGGCGAGGGGAGCACCAACUAUGGGUAUGGUGGCUCCGGAAGCAGUGCGUCCACCGGCGGGGGAACAGACUACUCACAGUACUACGACCCCUCGAGCAGCUAUUGGCAGGGAUAUCAGGCCUGGCAGGGUUACUACGAGCAGGCAGGACCUUCUAUCACAGAUGCAGCUGCCUACUACCAGCAGGCCAUGUCGCAGUCGCACUCCAAUCCCCAGACCCUCGCCCAACACGCCGAAGCCUGGAGCGCCCAGCGCAGUGCUCAGUACGAGCAGCAACAGCAGUCGGCCUCCGCCGCCAACGGGGCUGAGGAUGAGUACGGUCUGGUGGAGCACAAAUUCGUCCUCGACGUGGACAAGCUGAAUCGCGAGGCCAUCGACGCCGAUCGCCGGCUGUACGAUGCCCUGGAGAGCUCCAAGUGGCUGCCCAUUGAACAGCUGGAGGUCUUUUAGGCCAACUAAUCUGAACUGAACCUUUUAUAGUUGUAGGUUAGUUAUUAUUGGAAAAUACAUAAGCACGUAUUUUAGCAUUAAA